AUGAAGACAGAGGAAACAAAGUUAAAGGCCUCCUUUACGAAGGAGAUGCCCGUCAACUCUGGUACAUCUACGAAUUGCACUGUUAAGGUUCCGAUUCUCAUUGACAACAAUCCAAAGCCGGUGCAUAAACGUAGCGUCUGUCAAGCCAAAGUUCCGAAACAUUCUACCUGCACAGCAAGCUGCACGAACAUAAAAAAUUCGUGGGUCAUUUGGAGUGCGGUGGCCUUCAGCGCGGUCGUUGUCAUUGUAAUUUUCGCGUCCCUUCAAGGAAAAACCAGCGCCGAAUUAAAAAGGGCUAAAAAUAAAAUCACAAAUUUGGAGUCGAUGGCUGAUGCUUUGCGCAAAGAUAUUGCUGACCUGGAACGAAGGUGGGAGGAUUGUUACAUGAGUGUAGAAAGGUUUAGUUUAAUUGUAAUCUCCGUUCGUGACUUUGCAAAUCUCCUUACACCAGUAGGAAUCGUUAAAUUAUUUCUAAAUUAUACGUAGCGAUUCAGUUUGUCUUUCCAUCUAUUAGUCCAUUUGGAAGGAAUAAAAUUAUAAGCACUGAGGUCAAAGCGAAACUCUUUGCCACCUUUUUUCCAUCUUUGAAUUUUCAGUCAAUCUGAAAUUUUAAUUAAUUUUCAUCGCUGUAGGAGUUCAAAAUUUUUAUGUGCACGUCCUAUGUUUAAGUUUAGUCAUGUUGAAGUAAAUCUCAUGACCAUGAAUUAAGGUAUGUGUCCUCCAUAUUUCGCUGUUUUCCCCUAGGGGGAUCAUGGCAUUAAUAGAUUUUGUUGAAAAAAAAAAAUCGCUUACAGAUAAGAGUAUCGCAAUUAGUUUAUAUGUUCCUGUUAGCGAACUGUAUGACUUAUAUUUACUCAAAUUAUGAGGGUUUCUUAUGUACAAGCUAGCUCCUUUUACACGACUUUUACUGGAUUUUAAGCCAUUUUUUUUUGUCUUAAUUGCUAUCCUGCUAAGAAGUGGUUAAUGCCUUCUUGUCUAUAUUAUGUUCUCUUGUUGUUGAAAAAAGCCCCUAAAACAGAAAGCAUUCCACGAUAUUCAUCACAACACACGUGCUGGUUCCGUCUUUGUGGCUGUCAGUUUUGUAUACAACCAGUUCAUUAAUAAAACUUUUAUGACUUCAUCACUAAAUUCGUCUACAUCUCUAAAUACAGUUUCAGGGCAAGGGCUACAUAUCGAACGUAAGAUUUUUCUCACUAAGUCACUUUUAAAUCUCAGUUAUUUAUUUGAUAUUGUUGCUUCAUUUUGUUGUUUCCCUUUUUGUUUUAUUUUGGACCUGAGGGCUUCAGGCUAUUUCUAAUUUAUUCUUGUGUAUAAGAUCAUUAACUCAUCUUAAAAUCCCGAACAUCUCGCUCGUAAUUAAACCUUUUAGUAGGCCGAACUAAUCGGCACUUUGUAUCCACAGGCCAUACAUGGAACAAAAUUGAUAGAAAUCACAAUAACGAUUUUCGCAAUUAAUCACAUGCUAUUAUCGCAAGCUACUACAAACAACGCGUACAUCAUAUAUGCAUUUUGGAGGAAGCGAUAUGCUAUAAGCAGGUGCUAUUAUAAUUAUCCUUGCUUAUAAACCUUAAAAUAACCCAAGCACUUGAAAUUAUGCGCUUUUGAUUUUGCAUUAUUAACAUUUUUUUAAUCGACCCUGCAAGAAUUGUAUUCUUCGAUUUCUCAUCAAAGCACAGGCGUGAUUUAGUUGCGAUAAUUUUCUGCUGUUAAAAAACAAUAUUUCCUUUGUCCUAGGCUUAUUGUGCGGGAAGACUGGGCCCGACUGUUUAGUGUGUUUCCGGGUAUAUAUGGGCAAGAUUCCUUAGCUCUCGAAAUUAAAAUAAGAUGAAAAAAAAAUGUAUUUUUUUUAACUGGAAAAGAAAAAUAAAAGAAAGAAUUAAAGCCAUCUCAACCAGUGUUGUGUCAAUUUCAAUCUCUUGCGGUUUUGAAGGUUGACCACAGUCAAAAUAUGACUGGAAUUUGUUUUCUAUUUUUAAAUUCGCCAGUAAAUGUUAAACUUUUCAGCUACUUUACACAGUAUAUACUAUUAUACGCAAUGCUCUUUGUCUUUGAUUCGAAGGAAAUGAAGUAGAGAGAAAAAAUGUUUCUGUCUGUGCAUGCUAUUUUUUUACAACUUAAAUCGGAGGUUAUUUAUAAUGAGAAUGAUAAAAAUUGAGGUUUCUAAAUCCGAUUUUUGUUUGUUUGUUGAAGUAAGCGGGGGUAACUAUAACCUCAUGCAAAUCUGGUAGUACACGAAGCAUCAAGGUGACGAGAAUGAGUUGUCUCUGAUGUUUCAAAAACAGACUGUCACGCUACAGAUUACUUCGAUAAAUGAUUUACGCGUUUGUAGAUGCAACAGAGAGACCAUGUCUGAGAGUAAUAGACUUUUGUUUGUUUGUUUGUUUUGUUUUUUGUCUGUUGGUUGUUGUUGUUUCUUUCUUAUCCCAAAUGUUUCUACCUCUAUCUUAACGAACACCGGCUCAUUAUUUUACAGGGGCACCCAACGAGAAUGUAGUUCAAAACCACUUAAACAUAGCAUUGUUAAACGUAUUUUAGUAUUUAAACGGUAGAUAUAGGCAUAUUUUUAUCCCCCUAAAAUUUUUUCAUCUGUUCGGAUUUCCUAGCUGAAAGUCUAGUGAUCUGAAAAUUAUAGGGAUGAAAACUUACCUUUUCAAAAAUUUCAGCCGGAAAAAAGGCUCCCGAAAAUUCUAUGUCACCUUCUUAGGGUAAAAAUCCGUUAAAAAUGGGCAACUAUACCAGUUUUUAGAUGUUCGAAAAUCCUAGGAGAGGCAGGCUAGCAAGAAAUUUUACAAUGAAAUGUUCCAAAAAUUCUAAAUCUCAAAUCGUCUUCCGGACAGAUAUUUUCCGAAAAUUGUCGUUGGGUGCUCCUGAUUUUAAGUCUCUCCUCUCCGUUGAGAGUCAGGUAUAGCUGGUGAAAAUACCUAUCAGGUCUUUUACUUAGGAACAAUAUAUGAUCUAUCCCAGAAUACAUUGCACCCAAUCGGAAGACGGGAAGGAUGCUCGGGGAAAACCAUGUCAUACUGGCGGAAAACGUAAGUAGUAUUUACGUUUUGAGAUCCGAUCCUAUCUUGAGAUGAGUACAGUUGACUCCCGGUAACUCGCGCGAAGCCUUGCUAACUCAACCUCACGCUAAGUCGAAACGAAGUUGAUUUCCCAUGGAUUGCCUCAUACAUUUACUGUAAUUUUACCCUUGAUAACCCGAACCUUCCGCUGACUGGAAGUGAUUUUUGUUUGCCUUCAGAUUAUCUCCAUAUAAUUUUACCUUCGAUAACUCGAACCAUGUUUUAAGCGCGUGACAAGUCGGAAAAAAAAUACGGUGUACCACUGUACUGAAGUCCGAGGCACUGAAUUUAUUUCAAAACAACCGUGUCAAUUCUUUGUCUUUACUCUUUUUGCCACUACUCCAGUUCAAAUUCAAUGUCCAUCCCUGUCGAGUGUGCAUGAUACUUGCAUUCCCUCACCAUCUUUUUGCUUAUUUGCUUACAUGUUCUUCCGGAUCUUUGCUGCAAAUUCCGGUAACUCGAACUUUUUUCGAUUUCUCGCUAGAAGGUUCGAGUUGUCGUCGGGAGUCGACUGUACAUCAUAAAAAUACUCCGUUGUUAUCGAAUUAUAUUUAGGAUGUAUAUAUAUAUAUAAGGGAAGUGGCCAAAAGAAAUCUACUCAAAGAGGACCGCCUUGACUAGGAGUGACGUGCCGUAAAGGCUAUUCAAGACAACACCCAUUAUUUUGAUAUCCCUAAUGGACGCAAAUUAAUUUUAUUUAGUGACGCAAAAAUAUAUUGGAUAACGCUGAAUACUCCAUUUUCGAUAUAUUAAAAUUCAUACUUGGCUCCGAGGCGUUGGGAAAUAAAACAAAAGAAAUGUAUCAUUCAUUAUUGUACCUCAAGAUGAUUUCUUUUGUUUUAUUCCUCAAGUCUCACAGCCAAGUAAGAGUUUUAGUACAUCGGAAUUUGGUCUUUUAGUUUGUGCGCGUGAUUGAAGCUUACAUUCUCAGAUAACCUGCACUGGAGCACUGAAUCUUAUACUUCGUUUUUUUUUAUAUGCUAGUAUAGGAGAGGAGGUAUGCAAUUAAGAAGCCCUAUCGUUUUAAGAGGGGAGGGGUGGUAUACUUUAUAGAGAAAAUGUUAGUCUUAAUAUAACUGGAGAGUUGGAUAAUGGUUGUGUAGAAUAGUUUGACCAUUUCUUCAAAGACCACGCCGCACCGUAAAACAGGCCUUGGUUCUUCGUUUCUGAUAUACAAAAACAAGGUUAAAAAUAUAGAUAAUAGCCCGUAUCCCUUAAUGGAACCUCCUAAAAUUUAGCUGUUUCUCUUAUAUCUCAUAUCUUUGUUAGUGAUUAUAAGUAUUUUAAUUUUUGGUGUCAGGGAUUAUAACGUCUAACCUACAUUUUUGUUAUACCAGUUCACACAGCUUUUUUAAAAAACAACAAUGAAAGAGGGAAAACGAAUUUCUCCAGUAUCCCGACACUUGAAUCAACAAGCAGUAGGCGCCGGGCUGAACCAAGCGGUGAAACAACAAAUGCUCAAACCGCGAAGCCUACAGAGUCCAAAAAUUCAAAACCAAGUAAGUUCAAGACAACGUACACGGUAUGGGGAGGCGAAAACUGCCGAGAGGACGUAAAGAAAGUGUAUUCUGGUAAGUUUCAAAUCUCUCAAUGUAGGGUCAAAUUAGUUGGCCGAUUCCCCACAAAACCUUUAUUGGUAAGUCAAAAUGAACUUCGAUUGAUGCAAAAGAAAAAGACUCGAGUGUCCGCAUCAUAAUGUUCUCCAUUUAAUUAAGGUGGAAUCUUUCCGCGACCAAAUUUAAUUGAAGUCGUUAUAGUCUGCCUGAGGCAAAGAAAAGUGAAUAUGAACUUGAGAAAUAGCUUGUCCUUUUACAAAAUGGAAUGUAAAAGCGCAAGAACUCAAAAAAUGAACAUCGGACGCAAAUCUUUGAAGGAGAUCGUUGGUAUUUUCACAUUUUGCUUAUAACCCGCACUGUCAAACCUCCGUCAUUGGUAUAUGGGAAAACGCUUUGAAUGGAUAAUAAUGUCUCAGGGGUACACUUGUAAUGAUGGCCUUUCAUAGACUAGCCGGCAGUGUGGCAGGCAUCAGAAAGGGAAGGGCAAGGAAUUUGGGCGCGAAACCGCGCGCGAUGGAGAAAGUAGGAGGGCGCCCUUUGCGCUUCUCACGCACCCGAAAUUCCCUUUUGCCAUUCCCUUUGAGCACGCGCCUGCCACGCAGGCUAUUCAUACAUGAAAAUCUUUAAAUAAGAACGACGGAGACCAGGUUUUAUGCGCCCACGAGACCGAGCACCCCACACAAACCCUUCAUUGCACUAAAACCGCUGGACGUCACAACCUGGUUGAGGUCAUCGUUGUCUAAGGUCUUCCUUCACACAUAGACUUAUUUACUCCUUUAUUGUCUUACAAAUCAGGGAGAACUGCAACGCUUCAUUCCGGCUCCCAUCAUUCACUUGGCUCGGAAUACAUGUGCAUUCCGGAUCGAAUUGAAUAUCCCAAGCACGAAAAUAUGUCAAGCGGACUCUACUUGUCACCCGUUAGAUACGCUGCAAACCUAGACAUUUUCACAGUUUUCCUUGAAAGCCAAUGCCAAGAAAUUGGAGCUACAAGAUGCAAGAAUUUGAAGUUAAAUCACCCUCACUUGUUCAAAAGACUCGAUAACUUUCAAAUUCCGUGUGCUGUGUGCUUGCGAGACAGACGAACUGUCACGAUCGUUACUCCAGGCCGAGACACUUGCCAAUCGGGUUCGUGGAAAAAGGAGUAUGCCGGGUAUUUAAUGACACAGGAAGGUGGGGCUGCGGGCUCCAAGCUUAUCUGUGUAAACGCCGACGCGCAGGGCGUGGAUAAGAGCAAUACGACUGGUUCUCAGGGACCAUUUCUACAACCUGUUGCAUAUAAAUGCCUUGGAGCCUCGUGCACUGAAAGCCAUAAUAAACCGAUGGCAUUGCCUUGCGUUGUAUGUUCGAUCUAA